AUGCCAACUGAGGGGCCUUGUUACCCCGUCAUGCCGAGUAUUAAACUGACUCCUGAAACCUCGGGCAACUAUCUUUCCGCAAGGUCGAUUGUAUUGGCCGUUCCGUCGCGAAUCGAUAUCCAUCAUUCUCCAUUCUUCGCGACACGAUUGAACAUUUGCGUUCAAGAACUAGAGCACUUUCAGUUCCAUCCCGUACGGAUCCUCUCUGUCUUCUUUCUCUGCUCUCUCUGGCCCUGGACUGUGUACCCGGUGUAUUUUGUUCCCUGA